GCGCCACAGACGCGGAGACCUCAGCCAAAUUCACAGUCCAGUCUGACUCAGAGAACCGUUCUUUAGUCUUUAUUUGUUUUCGGUUUAUGUGUCUCCCCUCACUAAGUCGAAGAGAGCUUAGUUUAGGAACAGUGGACACUUGCAGACAUUUCAAGCAUGACUUUGGAUAAUAACGGAUCUUGAAGUGUCAAACUGCGCCCCAGACUUUCAGAAAAUAACGACAGACACUUACUCUCACAGGUCCACAGCAGCAGAACGCUCCUCUCCCAUCAUGAAGUCUGCCGAGGAACCAGACAAACAGAGACAGAGGAGCAGACACCAGUGUCUCCAGAUGGGGUGGUUCUCCAGUUUCUGGUGGUGUACAUUUGUGAUGCUCUACUUUUAUCUGCCAGAGGUGAAGUCUAUGAAGGAGAGCAUGCCAAGAGUUAAACUCAGCUACAAAGAGCUGAUUCAUUCUCGAAGUGUGGUGCCGUUUGUGGGUUCCAGCGAGGGACUGCGGUUUCAGACAGUCCUAUUGGAUGAAGAAAAAAGCAGAUUACUGCUGGGAGCCAAAGACCACAUCUACCUACUGGACCCAGACAACAUCAAUAAACACCCCAAAAAGCUGAGCUGGCCAGCUCCAAGAGACAGGGUGGAUAUGUGUAUACUGGCUGGCAAAAACCCUCUCACCGAAUGUGCUAAUUUCAUUCGAGUUUUGCACAUCUAUAACCGGACCCAUGUCUACACCUGUGGAACUGGAGCGUUCCACCCCACCUGUGCUUUCUUAGAAGUCAAAGGUCACAAAGAGGACACCUGGUUGCACAUUCACAGCAACACUGUGGAAUCCGGCCGAAUGAAAUGUCCUUUUGAUCCACUCCAGCCUUUUGCUUCAGUACUCACAGAUCAGUAUCUCUAUGCUGGCACAACGUCUGAUUUCCUGGGCAAGGACAGCACGUUUAGUCGCUCUCUUGGCCCGCCCCCGGAUCAGCAUUACAUUCGCACAGACAUCUCUGAGGACUACUGGAUCAAUGAGGGCAAGUUUAUUUCCGCUUAUCCCAUCGCGGACACAUACAACCCUGACGAUGACAAGAUUUACUUCUUUUUCCGCGAAGCGUCUCGUGAUGGGAGCACUAUGGACAAGACUGUGCUGUCUCGUGUCGCCCGGAUCUGCCAGAAUGAUGUUGGAGGUUUGAGAAGUCUUACCAACAAGUGGACAACAUUCCUCAAAGCAAGACUUGUGUGCUCCAUUCCUGGACCAGAUGGGGUGGACACACACUUUGAUGAGUUACAGGACAUCUUUUUCCUCCCUAGAAGAGAUGAAAGAAAUCCAAUGGUGUACGGCGUGUUCACCACCACCAGUUCCAUCUUUAGAGGAUCAGCAGUUUGUGUCUAUAACAUGGAAGACAUCCGUGCUGUGUUUAAUGGACCGUAUGCUCAUAAAGAGGGACCGGACCAUCGCUGGGUGGAAUAUGAAGGCAGAAUCCCCUACCCACGACCAGGCACUUGCCCCAGUCAGACAUAUGAUCCUCAUAUAAAAACGACAAAAGAUUUUCCAGAUGAAGUCAUCAGUUUUAUACGGCUGCACCCGCUAAUGUACCAUUUUGUGCACCCAAUGACGGGCCGACCAAUUUUCACUCGUAUCAAUACGGAGUACCGGCUCACUCAGAUUGUAGUGGACCGCGUGGCAGCUGAAGACGGACAGUAUGCUGUUAUGUUCCUGGGCACAGAUAUGGGAUCAGUUUUAAAGGUUGUCAGCAUCACUCAAGAAAACUGGUACACAGAGGAGAUCAUCUUAGAGGAGCUUCAGGUGUUCAAGAGUCCCUCACCAAUCCUCAACAUGGAAAUCUCCUCAAAACAGCAGCAGCUGUUUGUUGGAGGAAGCGACGGGUUGGUGCAGGUGUCCCUGCACAGGUGUCAUAUUUAUGGGCAGGGCUGUGCAGAAUGCUGCCUGGCUAGAGACCCCUACUGUGCUUGGGACGGCAUCCAGUGCUCCAGAUACAUUCCAGCUUCCAAGAGAAGGGCCAGAAGGCAAGAUAUCAAGCAUGGAGACCCAUCCAGCAAUUGUUGGGACACAGAGGAUGUGUUGGGGAGGAAUGUUGAGGAGAAGGUGUUGUAUGGCGUAGAGAGUAACUCCUCUUUUCUCGAGUGUGUUUCACAAUCCCAGCAGGCAUUGGUCCGCUGGUUCGUACUGAAGCCAGGAGCGGACCACCGUCAAGAGAUCAAACCGGACGAGCGUGUGCUGAUAACCGAGCGAGGUUUGCUGAUUCGUUGGCUCCAGCGUAGUGAUGCAGGUUCGUACUUCUGCACCUCCCAGGAGCACAGCUUCACCCGUACCCUCCUCCACCUCUCUCUUCACAUACUGGAACGUGGACAGAUCCACGCACACCAACCUGCUAUACGGGAAUCAUCAGAAAAUCCGUCCAUGACAGAACCCCGCCAGCGCUAUAAGGACUACGUGCGCAUGUUGAGCGACCCCCUGCGUUCUCUGGAUGAGUACUGCGAAACACUUUGGCACAAAGAGAAGAAGCAAAAACAGAAGGGCAAAUGGAAACACGUUCAAGAGCUCCGCAAGAGCAGGAACCGACGCCACCACUAGAGGCACCAGUGAGGCCUGGAUUCGAGUGUGAUGUUAGAAGGGUCACAAUGCCCUUAGAGCAUCUAGAUGUGGAUUAAAUGGACUCUAAACCAAAUACUAAGGCAUAAAUUAAUAAUCUCCAUUCAACCCAAAAAAAAAAAAAAAAAAAAAAAAACUUUCAGAAAUAGCAGUGAAACAACAGAUGAAUCCUGUUUUUGUUUUGUCAAGUCCCUCAAAAGUGACCCAAUGAUUCCACUGAUUCUCUAACCUUUUGAAAAAAUACCUUAUUUAACACCAGUCAUCUUGACUAUUCUUGAAAAUACAUCAGAAUCUAUUAGUUUUGUUAAAGCCCCUUAGGGAAAGGUAUGGUAUUCUAAAAUUAUAUAUCUAUUAAUCUAUAAACUAUGAUCAAAACAAAGAUUUUUUUUUGGUCUAAAAAUAUCUGGAUUGAGGAAGCUUUACAAAACAACGCAUUAAUUUUAACCAAGAAUAAAAUUGCAUUCAUGUUGAAUGUAUGUAAAUAUUUAUAUUAUUUGUACAUGAGAUUGUGCAUGCUUUAGGAUUAUUUACAUAGAACUCUCUUUAGAGAUUACAGUUUUAAUCAAGCAUUUAAGUUUCACUGAAUAAAAUACAUUAUUUUUGUAUUUUUGCAAUGUGUCUUACCAUAGGUAAUUUGUUUACGACAUAUGCCGUUAUUUAAAAUUGACAAUGAUGUUGAAAUAAACUGUUUCAUAACUACUUAACUGUACAACCAAGAAAAGACAAUUACUUUAUUAUUUAAAGAAAUGGUUCACACAAUAGUUCUGUCUUCCUCUAUCAAUGUUGCUCAAACCAAGCAUGAUUUUUAUCCUCCAGGUGAACACAAAAGGAGAUUUAGCACAACGUCCAAGCUUCUUUUCCAUACAGUGGCAGUUAAUGUUGACCAUGGCCUUGUUAAACUCCAAAAAGAGUGUCAUAAAUGGAGUCUAUAUGACUUGUGCACUAUAUUCUAGACUUCUGAAGGUAUAUGAAAACGUAAAAGAGUAUGUUGUAAGUAGACAACAAGUAAUCAUUGAUUUGCUAUGACACUGGCAGCAAGAUAUAAUAUAUUGAGUUAAUUGUCCUCAAUUCAACAU